AUGCACUUCUCUACCGCCCUUAUUGCCUCUGUGGCCACCCUUACUCCUCUUGUCAGUGCCGUUGGUAACGCCAUUGUGACCAACAACUGCAACUUCCCCGUCUAUGUUUGGUCGGUCGGUGGUAGUGUUGGCCCUAAGCAGACACUCCAACAAGGCGAAAAGUACACCGAGGCAUUGCACCAUGAUGCUGCCUCUGGAGGUGUUUCAUUGAAGAUCACCACCGUCGACGAUGGGUUAUACAACGGCAGCCCUCAGACCAACUUCGCUUAUACUUUGGAUCCCGGCACUGUCUGGUAUGAUCUUUCGGAUGUUUUUGGAGACCCAUUCUCCGGAAAGCCAAUUGUUGUCCGACCCACCGACUCUUCUUGUCCGAAUCUCUGUUGGGCACAGGGUGUCAACCCCGGCGGCAGUCAGACCAAGAACUGUAACUCGGAUGCUAGUGUGAAUCUGAACCUCUGUGCCCCCCAAUGUUAA